GUGUUGCUCUUUCUCUACAUCUUGUCGGGAGGUGAAAGUACUGAAAUCCCACCUUACAUGAUGAAGUGUCCCAGCCACGGCUUAUGUAGCCGACUUCCAGCCGACUGUAUAGAAUGCAAGACAAAUUUCUCCUGUGUGUAUGGAAAGCCUGUCACCUUUGACUGCACUGUCAAGCCUUCUGUUACCUGUAUUGAUGAAGACUCCAAACCCCAAAAGAACUUCGUCAUCAACAUGACUUGCAGGUUUUGCUGGCAGCUUCCAGAAAUAGAUUAUGAGUGUUUCAACUCCACUAGCUGCAUGACGGUGUCCUGUCCUCGGCAGCGUUAUCCUGCCAACUGUACAGUGCGUGACCACGUUCACUGUCUAGGUAACCGUACUUUUAAAAAAAUGCUGUAUUGCAAUUGGACUGGAGGUUAUAAAUGGUCCACUGCUUUGGCUCUAAGCAUCACCCUCGGUGGGUUUGGAGCUGACCGUUUCUACCUCGGCCAGUGGCGGGAGGGCCUCGGCAAGCUCUUCAGCUUUGGUGGCCUGGGAAUAUGGACGCUAAUAGAUGUCUUGCUAAUUGGAGUUGGCUACGUCGGACCAGCAGAUGGUUCUUUGUACAUUUAAUUGUUAUGCGUUUCAGAAAGGAGCAGCUUAGAAAGCCCCCUUGCCUGUAAAAAGUAAUAUG